CGUGACGCCACCGAAUGAGAGAAACUUUAUGAAAGUUUGCACAAUAAACAUGAAUUCAAACGUACGAAAUCUGUUGGUGAGAUAAUGAAGUUACCGAUGAGACUUUCAGAAAACCAUCGCUAACAACAGUUGCACACCCUUUCGCUGAAAUGGCUCGGAGUGUGUCCUGGCGUCGGACUGUUAGCGACAACUUGUCAUGGCGUCAGGAUCAGGCCCAGUCUGCCACCAUCUAUAUUCUGAGGGAAACUGGACCAACUGGGUUCCUCUUGAAGGAAGAAGGAGAAACCAAGAAAUUUAAGGUAUUUCUUGGUGAUCCUCAUAGCUGUACUUGUCCAGUGUUUAAGAAGGAGAGAGAUCUCUGCAAACACAUAUGCUGGGUCUUAUUGAAGAAGUUCAGAGUUCCAAGACAAAAUCCAAUUACAUACCAGUUGGGUCUCGUGGAGCGAGAAAUAAAUGAAAUCCUGCGUGGUAUCAAACAGCGAAGUCGGCAGAGUAGUCAGGUACCAGACCAUCGCUCUACGCAAAACCAUAAGCCAUCUGCUAGUGCUUCCUCAUCCUCCAACCAAUCAGAUGGGCGGGAGGUUUUAGCACAGAGGGAGAUCACGGAGGAUGACGUGUGUCCAAUAUGCCAGGAUGAACUGCUAAAUGCACGGGAACCAGUGACUUACUGCAGAUAUGGCUGUGCCAAGAGCAUCCACAUCAAGUGUAUGAAGGUGUGGGCGGAACAUCAGAAGUCCACGGGGGAGACCUUAAUAUGCUGUCCACUCUGCCGGGAGGACUUUGGUCAGAUGCAGCAGCUGCAGGCCGAGUACCGCACCGCCUCGCUGCAGAAAACACGGUCGGAGCGAUUGGAUGUUCACGGGGGUGUCUGCUGUCAGCACUGCAACAAGUCACCGAUUCAAGGCAAAUGCUACAGAUGCACAGAUUGUUUUGACUUCUGUUUAUGCCACGCUUGCUUCAUCAUCAACAUCCAUACGCAGCACUCCUUCAAAUUUAGACAGAAAAUUAAUCAAAGAUGGCGGCCAGCACAGCGCGGAUCAGGCACAGCCCUCCCCCAAGCAGUCAUGGACGACCUUCUGGCUCGGGAUAUAUCAGACAAUGAUUAUGACCUCCUCCUACAACUGGACAGCCAAACCGCCAAUCAGCCGAGCAAUAUCCCUGAGAAGGUGAUUAAGAGUUUCCCGACGGAGACGGUUCGGCAGGGAAGCGCUCUGCUGAAUCCUGGAAUGCAGUGUCGCAUCUGCUUACGAGGUUACAGUAUUAGUCAGGUGCUGAGACGCCUACCAUGCAAACACAAGUUCCAUGCAUCAUGCAUAGAUCCAUGGCUCCUUCAUCAACAUCCUACGUGCCCCGUAGACGGAAGCAUCGUCUGGACACCAAACCAAGAAACAACUUCAACCAGUCAGAGUCAACGCGUCAAAGAAUCGCCCAAUGGGGUUGCUGCAUCAGAGAUCCCUGGGAUCGGGGUUACGGCCGUCAGACUGGGGAGAUCUGGUGAUGCGGGGAGCAGGGGUAGGCUCCGAGGAAGACUUGGAGUUGUUGAGAGGGCCCCUAAUGAAGAUGUGGAGGGAUUGGCUUCAACUUUUGCCCUGACUGGUCUUGGCAUCACUUCCAGGAAACAGCCACAGAGUGCUUCAAGUAGUUCUGGAGAGAGGCAGAGAAGACCAUCACUCUCAAGGAGAUUUAGCAAUCAGGGCCAGAGCGUCAAUAGCGGAGGCAUUGAUAACGGCGCUGGGUUGACGUUAGACUUUGAUGCGAUAAGUGCAACAGCAAUCGCUAACACUGAGUGGGAACCCCAACAUCUGCAUCUUCACGGCCAGUCUGGAGGGACUGCUUACCUCCGAACUCAUCAGCAGCAUGCCUCAUCCUCUUUGCAACAAGAUGAGGACAUUUCAGAACUAUCUGGUAGCUUUGAAGAUAAAACGAGUCAUGUUCCCAUGAGACUUGAGAAGCUGACGCUGCCGGAGGCUGUGGAAGCACAAGGUAGACAACCUCUUCCGAGGGCUACAUCCCAUAGGAAACCACCUCUCCCAUCCCAGCCCCUUGUUGACCGCUCCAGUGCCCCAUCAAUUCCCCUCCUACGGGAGAGUGUUAUGACCCCAAUUGGGAACAGCCGACAGCAGAGUAGCAGUGCUCCCAGUCUGGGCAAUAGGACUGUCUCAUUAGAAAUAGAGGGGGUGCCGUCAUCGUCAAGUGGAAGACCACCAUUACCUACAGGGGGAUCGCCAGGCUCGAUGAGAGACAGAGGGCGCCAGAGCCACGUCCGAUCUAGUCCCUCGACUCGUAGAGCCAGAAGCACCAGUAUAGAGAGGAGUAGUUCGAGGGACAGACUGAAUCCUCCAAACAACGACAAGCAACAGUUUCUUGAAGGACUUUUCCUGGGGUCUGCACCUAUUUCAGAGCAAGGUCAAUCAAUGUCAACUAGUGGUAUAAGGCAGGUAAAAGGUCAACGCACAUCUCAGCUGAGGUCGAGGGUCAACCAAGGCCACAAUGGGGUUCAAGCUGAGAGAGACAAGCAGCUCGAUGCAGGGGUUUCUGGGAAUGCAAUAGGUUCACAAUCACAGUGGUAGCCUGAACGUCUGACAUCACACUUGAAUAACGCCAGAUACCUGCCUGGCAGAAUGUUACCAGAUGUACCUUUGACCUCGUUUGUAUGCAAAAUUUUAUGCAAAAAAUGCAUUCUGCA